GCUCCCAGCUUUUGUUGUGAUUCGGCUGAAGAAAGGAAAAAGUGUCCAAACACACAGAAAAACUCCUGCUGAAGCGACAGAUCCACUUGACUCACGAUUAUAAAGAUGGCAUUUAUUAAAGAGAGUGAAGACAUGAAGAUUGAAGAAACAUUCAGAGUCAAACAUGAAGAUACUGAGGAACAAACAGACCUAAUGGCACUGAAAGAGAGGGAAGCAAUGAAUGAAACUGAAGAGAAAGAUCAGUAUGAAAUUCUUCAUGAUUUCAUAACUGGAGAAAAGAAAAAUCCUGACGUCCACAGGACAAUUCACACUAUAGAGAGCCUUUUUACCUGCCAACAGUGUGGAAACCGUUUCACUCAUAAAGGAAGCCUUAACAGGCACAUGAGAACUCACACAGGAGAGAAGCCUUUCACAUGCCCUCAGUGUGGAAACCAUUUCACUCAUAUAGAAAGCCUUAACAGGCACAUGACAAUUCACACUGGAGACAAGCCUUACAUGUGCCCUCAGUGUGGAAAGAGUUUCAGUGAUCCUGGAAACCUUAAAGUCCACAUGAGAGUUCACACUGGAGAGAAGCCUUUUAUCUGCCACUGGUGUGGAAAUGGUUUCAGUCAACAUGUAAAUCUUGAAGCUCACAUGAGAAUUCACACCGGAGAGAAGCCUUUCACCUGCAAACAGUGUGGAAAAAGUUUCAACAGAAAAGGAAACCUUAAUAACCACAUGAGUGUUCACACAGGAAAGAAACCCUUCAACUGCCAUCUGUGUAGAAAAGGUUUUAAGGAAAAACGAAACCUUUACGCCCACAGGCGAAUUCACACUACAGAGAGAUUUUUUACCUGCCUACAGUGUGGAAAGAGUUUCAAUCAUAAAGGAUACCUUAACAGACACAUGAGAACUCACACUGAGGAGAAGCCUUACACCUGCCCUCAGUGUGGAAAGAGUUUCAGUCAAAAACGAUACCUUGAAGUUCACAUGAAAAUUCACACUGGAGAAAAGUUUCAACCAAAAAGGUAACCUCAAAGGAUUAGUUAACCCCAAAAAGACGGUCUACGUCUUUUCGAGAAUGGCCGCAUAAUUCAUCAGCUCCAUCAAUUUGCAUGAAGUCAGUGCCCUAGAGCUAGAUAUUAACAACUUUUAAGGCCUUUCCA